GGUCAAUCAUAACGCUCACAAACAUGGGCUGAAGAAGUCUCAAGAAUCUGUGGAUAACCAUUUGAAAAGCUUACAACAUGUUUCAGGGAAAUUAGACCAAAAUUUUAGCUCCCAGAACGACGAAAUUUCAAGGCUUAGAUACAACAUUGGCGAAGUCAGUUCCCAAAUUGAGAAAUAUAAGGACAUUAUUGGGAUAGAUUCAGAAUCCGAGAUUGAAAUCGAAAAUAAAUCCUUAAUCACAAGAGUUUCUAACCUUGAAAAUCUGAUGGAGGAUAUUUAAUAGAGUUAAUAGAUCAAGAAUCCUUCCUAAAUGUAGUAAAUUCAAGCCUGAGAGGAACUCUAUGAGACAUCCUUUGAGAGGAAAUCUUAGAAGAAAGGUCAGAUCAUCCUUCAACAAGCUUACCAAGAUUGAUGAUAAAACUUCUUUGUCAGGAGAUGAUAACGAAAUCUCUGUGCCAGACUCUAGCGUAACACAAGAAUCUAACAUCAUGGAUUUACAUCAGAUGGAUUUUAAGAAAAAUAAUAAAGAUAGGAAAAGGCUUGUUGAGAAUUACAAAAUGAGUCGCUCAAAAGUGAAUAAGCUACAAGAGCCUAAUAAGAUAAGUAAGAGUCAGGAUCUGAAGCAGCAGCAGGUCCAUCACCACCGGCAGCUUGGCUGACGAAGCCCUGAGCCGAGCUAUAACUGGGGUAAUGAUCUUUGGACAAAUAAAACCAAGCAUUUCUUUCAAAAUAGUUCAAAAAUGUUCAGGUCAAAGGACACUUUUGAGAAGAUUGAUCUGAUCUCCCAGAAAUAUGGGCUACCUGAGAAUAAGCCUGUGUUGAUUCCUAAGAAAAAGAUCACUACUAAGGACCUUCUUUCGGCAUCUCAUCACAAGACACAGAUUGACUUGCUCAAAGGAGCAGGGGUGAAGUUUGAGCCUCUGGAUCAGGAUGGGACAUUUCAGAUGUAUGGAAAGACUAGGCUGAGAAAUGUAAUGCAAAAUCUAGGGAAGAACCUUUACUAAUCAAGUAAAUACCUA